AAAAAGAUUAAUGCUAAUUUAGUACGUACACCAGUUAAACAACAUAGCAAGCAAUUACCGGUGUGUUUUACGACUUGUCAAAAGCAACAAACCGGAUUUCAGGCCAAAAACCCCAUACGUAAAAGCGAACAGUCAGCGUUUAGCGCAUAUUUCGAGUCAUACUCAUUCAACAACUGAGAUUUUCUGAUUCAGAUUCUUUUCAAAGUUCAAACUGGCAGCACGUAUUAUGUCCGCAGGUCGCGUUGUUGUUUACGGUGGCAAGGGCGCCAUGGGUUCGGCGCUCGUUGAGCAUUUGAAAUCCAACAAAUAUUGGGUUGGGAGCAUUGAUCUAAGCGAAAAUGAGAAGGCUGAUCUCAGUGUGGUGGUGCCACGCGAUGCCAGCUGGGAGGAGCAAGAGACAGAGAUUGUGUGCAAGGUCGGAGAGUCCCUGGCCGGUGAGAAGCUGGAUGCUGUCAUUUGCGUAGCAGGCGGCUGGGCUGGUGGUAAUGCCAAGAAAGACUUAGCAAAGAACGCGGAUCUCAUGUGGCGCCAAAGCGUUUGGACAUCCAGCAUUUCAGCCACUUUGGCUGCACAGUAUCUCAAGGAAGGCGGUGUGUUGGCCUUAACAGGCGCCAAACCAGCACUGGAGGGUACACCCGGCAUGAUUGGCUACGGCAUGGCCAAGGCAGCAGUGCAUCAAUUGACACGCUCGCUGGCGGGCGAGAAAUCCGGUUUGCCAAACGAUGCGCUCGUGGUGUCCAUACUGCCAGUAACACUAGAUACUCCUAUGAAUCGCAAAUGGAUGCCUAAUGGAGAUUUCGGAACUUGGACGCCGCUGAGCUUUGUGGCCGAGCUGUUCUGCAAGUGGAUCAAGGCCGAGGAGCGUCCAAAGACAGGUGCGCUGUUGCAGCUCAUUACCACCAACGGUGUCACUGAGCUGAUACCAGCCAACUAAAUCCCGCUCAAAACACAAUUUACCACUUAAAAUAUAAACUGCUUAAGCUUUAUAAAGAAGAAAAACUAUAAAUAAAUUGCUUGCUGCAUGCGUUUAAUAGUCUUAGGGGGCUGAGGAUAACCUAUUGAACCUUGAUAACGCCACACAA